AUGGAAGUCGAAAGCAUGAAGGCCGAAUUCAUGGGAGCCCCGCUGAGGGAAGACCCGUACGAUAUUAAGACGCCCAUUUCGGACGGCACGACUAUUAUAGGAAUAAUUUAUGAGCAUGGAGUCAUGCUGGCGUGUGACACCAGGACAUCCUCCGGAACACUCAUCAGCAACAAGUGCUCCAGAAAGAUAAACAGGAUUAACGAAAACAUAUAUGCCUGUCGUAGUGGAGCUUCUGCACACAGUCAGAAGGUAAUCGAACUCAUUAAGCACUUUUGCUUAUCAAUGAAAUGUGAAAAUAGAAAGAAAGGAAGAUUUCACGAGGACGACGUCAUUACGGAUGACCUCGCGAAUGAAGAAGACAUCGACCUCAGUGCAAUUAAUAACCCAUUCGGUUUAGCACAGAACGGGGAUCCCAAUUAUGUCGCAAAGCAUAAAUACUUUUACGAAGAUAAAUUUAUGGACUUCAAUCCGCUAGUUGAAAAUGUUGCCCACAUGACGAAGAAGCUACUAUACGCGAACAACAAUUUUCUCUCCUGUGGCCUUAUCCUAGGAGGAUACGACAAAGACAAGAAGCAGCAACUGUAUUCGAUUAACCUAAACGGAAGCAUCGUCCAAAGGUUCGACUACGCUGUUAGCGGAAGUGGCAGUGUGUACAUACAGUCCUACCUCCAAGACAAGUACAAGAAAAACAUGAGCAAAAAGGAGUGCUUUGAAUUGAUCCUGGGCUGUGUUAAGUACGCCAUGUACAACGACAACAGCAGCGGCGGCCUCGUGCGGAUCGUCAACAUAACCAAGCUCUUCGUGGAGGAGUUCACCGUCACGAACACACAGCUCCAUUUUGAUUACUAG